AUUGACAACAGCGAUUCAUUGAAGCUAUCUAUUGUUACCCGUGUUUUAGAUAAUAAUCGUGGAUGUGGCGUGGAUAGUAACCGUCAAAAAUGAUUCCUUACACGGUCAACAUCAAACUAGCGGCUCGGACGUUGACUGGCACUCUCAAUUUGCAGAAUAAAACCGCUGUGGACUGGGGUUGGCAGGGGCUCAUAGCUCAGGGAUGUCACUCCAGCAUCCUCAUCAUUGACCCAAAGACCUCACAGACCAUUCAGGUCCUGGAGAAGCACAAAGCCAACGUGGUCAAGGUGAAAUGGUCCAGAGAAAACUAUUAUCACAACCUCAGCUCUCCAUACUGUCUGCGGCUGGCCUCAGGUGACGCUUCGGGGAAGAUCAUCGUGUGGGAUGUGGUCAGUGGGACAGCCCAUUGCGAGAUACAGGAGCACUCAAAACCCAUUCAAGACUUGGAGUGGUUGUGGAAUCAAGAUGCCUCCCGGGACCUGCUACUGGCGGUUCAUCCUCCGAACUACAUCGUCCUAUGGAACGGAGACACAGGCACCAAACUGUGGAAGAAGAGCUAUGCAGAAAAUAUCCUGUCCUUCUCCUUUGACCCAUUUGACCCUUCCAACAUGGCCUUGCUCACCAGUGAAGGAAUAGUCUUCAUCACAGACUUUUCCCCAUCCAAGCCUCCCGGAAGUGCAGGGAAAAAGGUCUACAUCGCCAGCCCCCACGCUAGCCCUGCCCACACCAAACCUGCUCCUGCUGCUGCCCCCGCCCCCACCGGAGCCAAGAAGGCCCUCAACAAGGUCAAAGUCCUCAUCACCAAUGAGAAACCCACUGCGGAGGCUGUGACGCUGAAUGACUGCCUGCAGCUGUCCUACCUCCCUUCCAAAAGGAACCACAUGCUGCUACUGUACCCCAGAGAAAUCCUCAUCCUGGACCUGGAGCUGAGCCAGACUGUGGGAGUGGUGGCCAUUGAGCGCUCAGGAGUGCCCUUCACACAGGUGAUUCCUUGUACCCAACGGGAUGCCCUGUAUUGCCUCCAUGAAAACGGAUGCAUCACUCUCCGUGUCUGUCGCUCCACCUCUACUGAAGAUGCAUCAGACCCAGAACAGAGUGUGCAGGAGCUUGUGUACGACCUGCGUUCUCAGUGCGAUGCCAUCAGAGUGACCAAAACCGUGCGCCCGUAUCGAAUGGUCAUCUGUCCUGUCAAUGAAAACAACGCCGCCUUGAUGGUCAGCGAUGGAAGGGUCAUGCUGUGGGAGCUCAAAGCGCACUCCGGCAAGACCACAGUCAAUCCCAGCUCAGGCCUGUCUCCACUUUACUCCCCUGUGGCCUUCUGUGGUGCUCCUUUGGGCCCAAACCAAAAGAGGAUUCAGGAUCUGUCUCUCAACAGCAUGAUAGGUCAGACCCUGAUAGCUGGAGAGACCCCUCCUCCUUCUUCAAACCAACAUGAGGUCCAGCUGAAGUUCCUGUUGACCGGUCUACUCUCUGGACUCCCUCUGCCUCCAUUCGCCCUCCGCAUGUGCCCCCCACUAACUACCAAAAACAUCAGUCACUACCAGCCAUUACUGGCUGUUGGGACGAGUAAUGGCUCUGUCCUGGUCUAUAACCUCACCAGUGGGCUGCUCCACAAGGAACUCAGUGUGCACUCAUGUGAAGUCAGAGGUAUCGAGUGGGUGAGCCUGACCAGUUUCCUGUCCUUUGCCACUUCUGCCCCGAACAACAUGGGCCUGGUGCGAAACGAGCUACAGCAUGUCGAUCUGCCCACAGGCAGGUGCUUUGCUUUCCGAGGAGAGCGAGGCAACGACGAGCCCCCCAUCGAGAUGAUUAAAGUGUCUCAUCUGAAACAGUACCUGGUGGUGGUGUUCAGGGACAAGCCUCUGGAAUUGUGGGAUAUUCGCACUGGGACACUUCUGAGGGAGAUGGCCAAGAACUUCCCCACGGUCACUGCACUGGAAUGGUCCCCUUCUCAUAACCUGAAAAGCCUGAAGAAGAAACAGAUGGCAGCGAGAGAGGCCAUGGCCCGACAGACAGUCUCCGAUGCAGAGCAGAGCAGCGUGGAGUCCUCAGUCAUCAGCCUCCUCCAGGAUGCAGAGAGUAAGUCCGAGACGAGUCAGGCCAUCUCCGCCCGAGAGCACUUUGUUUUCACUGAUACAGACGGACAGGUCUACCACAUCACUGUGGAGGGCAACACGGUCAAGGAUGGAGCGCGCAUACCCCCCGAUGGGAGUAUGGGGAGUAUCGCCUGUAUUGCCUGGAAAGGAGACACUCUGGUGCUUGGGGAUGUGGACGGCAAUCUCAAUUUCUGGGACCUUAAAGCACGUUUGUCAAGGGGUAUACCAACACACAGAGGAUGGGUGAAGAAGAUUCGCUUUGCUCCGGGGAAAGGCAACCAGAAGCUGUUGGUGAUGUACACAGAUGGAGCAGAGGUCUGGGACACCAAAGAGGUCCAGAUGGUGAGCAGCAUGAGGAUAGGACGAAAUGUAAACUACAGGAUCCUGGACAUCGACUGGUGCACCUCAGAUAAAGUGGUUUUGGCCUCAGAUGAUGGGUGUAUCCGGGUUUUGGAGAUGGCCAUGAAGUCUGCCAGUUAUCGCAUGGAUGAGCAGGACCUGACCGAUCCGGUAUGGUGUCCCUAUCUGCUCCUGCCUCGAGGAGCACUCACUCUCAAGGCCUUCCUGCUCCUUCAGCCCUGGUCCGGCACCUUCACUAUGGACAUCACUCAAGUGGACUACAACGAGAAAAAUGAGAUUAAAGGACUGAUACAGGAGCAGCUCAACUCUUUGUCAAAUGACAUGAAGAGUGUGCUGCAGGACCCUGAGCUGAGCCUGCUGCAGCGCUGUCUCCUCGUGUCUAGGUUAUUCGGAGACGAGUCCGACCUGCUCUUCUGGACCGUGGCGUCCCAUUACUUGCAGUCGUUUGCUCAGGCCCGACUGCUCAGUUUGUCGAGCGGAGAAAACCAAAAUGAAGAGACUCAACCUUCGCCUCAGAAUCACCUCGAUAUCUGCCACGAUGUCCUCUGUGAGAGCUCCUAUUUCCAGAAGUUCCAGCUGGAUAGAGUUCACCUGCAAGAAGUGAAGCGCUCCAGCUACGAUCACACAAAGAAAUGUGCUGACCAGCUCCUCCUGCUGGGACAGACGGACAGGGCCGUGCAGUUGCUAUUGGAGACAAGCGCGGACAACCCGAGUUACUACUGUGAUUCUCUCAAAGCGUGUCUGGUCACCACCAUCACCUCCUCAGGGCCCUCCCAGUCCACUAUCAAGCUCGUGGCCACGAAUAUGAUCGCUAAUGGAAAACUAGCAGAGGGGGUCCAGCUGUUGUGUUUGAUUGACAAGGCGGCAGAUGCAUGUCGUUACCUUCAGACCUAUGGGGAGUGGAACCGCGCUGCUUGGCUGGCGAAGGUGCGUCUGAACCCGUGUGAGAGCUCGGACGUCCUGAAGCGUUGGGCAGAACACCUUUGCUCUCCUCAGGUCAAUCAGAAGUCCAAGGCCAUCCUGGUGCUGCUGUCUCUCGGCUGCUUCUACAGAGUGGGAGAGAUGCUCCACAGUAUGCGUCAGUUUGACCGGGCCGCCCUCUUCAUCGAAGCCUGUCUGAAGUACGGGGUGAUGGAGGCCAAUGAAACGUCCAAUAAGCUGAUCGAGGCUGCAUUCCUGGACUACGCCCGGCUGCUGCGCACACUCGGGCUGAGAGAGGGCGCUGCUCUGUGGGCGUCCCGGGCUGGCACUGCAGGAGAGGCUCUGAUGGAGGAGCUGUUUCAGGGGGAGGGCGGCGUCCCGGACAAUCUACUGGCAGACGAAGAAGUGGAAGUAGGACUGGAGAGCACCGAGUGAGGAGAUGAGAUCAGGAGGAUACUGCCCUUUAAGUGUGUGUAAACAACAUUAACUGUGUUUGCUUUUUGAUUAUAUAAGUUAAGAUCUCAGUGUAUUUAAAUGACACCACCAAAAUUGCAAAAGAUUAAUUUGGCAUAUGACAUGACCAAUAUGACAGAUAAAAUGUGUAAAUGCCACUUCUAAUGGUCUAUAAUUUAGAUAUAGUUUGUUUUCAAAUCAAGCAGAUUUCUAUUCAUAGAGGAAUUUGUUUUUACGCUGCCACAAAGACGUGGAGGUAGUUACGCCACCUUGUCUCCAUAAAGAUGUUAUUGCUUUGCCUGGAAUGUUCCACAGUACGCCAUUGGACUUUUUUUUUUUUGCAAUUACAUUGAAAAACAUGGAUUCUUACUGAGAGCAGUGUUGCCUCUCUACACAUCUGAUGUGUAACUUGUCCUGGUUUUGUUGCCUACUUGUCUUCAUGGAGUUGGAUACAUUUAAUGCCAUACUGUGGAGAAUUCUAGUAAAAACAGUAACAUAAGGCUGACUUUUGUUUCAUCUAAUUUAAAAAGCGUGUACAGUUUGAUUGUUUACCAGACACAUUAAGGGAGUACUACUACUACUACUACUACUACUACAGGUGCAGGCCACCCUCUGUGUACAGUAUCUAUGAACCCUUGUGAUAAGUUUGAUAGGAACAGCGCCUCCUACUAAAAAGAAAGUUGAAUAUGUCUGUGUCACUGAAGUGUGGUUGUGAUUCAUGUGUUUUUGCUGUUUGAUAUCACCACUGUGCGAUGAUGUGCAAUUGUGUUUGCAUGCAACAUGUUGAAAACACUUCCCUCAAAGGUUGACUGGACUCACAUGGUUCACUAUUAUUGUUGAUGAUUGUUUUAUUUUUUAUUAAAUCGAUUUUUGAAUGUUUAUUUACUAAGCUUUAUUUUUUGUCCAGAUCAUGCAGUGUGUACUAGUCCCACCCUUGGAUAAAUUUAGCCUGAUUUAAACCAAGAAUGACUUUGAUGUCAAUUGUCCAACAUUAUCCUAAUAGGCUCUGUCCUUCUACAGUACACCAGAUAUAUUAUUUGUUACAAUUAUUACAACUAUGUGAAUGUUUCCCAUUGUGUCUUUUCUAUCAAACAAAUGCAUGAGACUAGGUCUAGUCCCAAAACAUGCACCAUCGGUAAAAUCCUCCAGCACUGACCGAGCCCAACUAAAGAUCUGGAGACGGGUCCCUGGGCGCUGCACUGCCCCAGUGGCAUUGAAGGAUGGGUCAAAUGCAGAGGACAAAUUUCCUUAUGGUGACAAUGAAGUGUACCUUCCCUAAGCUCGUCUUUUGGUAGGUUUGGUCCUUUAGAUUGUUGUAGACUAUUUUUAUGCAUGACAGACAAAGAGAGGGGAGAUUAGAUUAUAUAUAUUUUAAAAAUGCCCUUAUUUUGUUAUACACUCCAUUUAACACAGUGAUCAUAUUAUGUCAGAUUGAAAAAGACUGCCUCUAUUGGUGUAAGUAAGACUCCUGACUUUACAACCAAUUUCCUGAAAGUUUAGUUUUUGCACUUUUUUUAAAACACCAAAUCUAUUAGUUGUUUUGUUUUUUUAAUUUUUUGAUGAAUAUUUGAUCAUUUCCUGUACAUCUAGCUGUGAAUGCGUGACCAAAGCCUUGUAAAAUUUCCACAUUUUUCCACAUAUAUUUCUAAUUAGGCUGUUUUGGCCAAUAACCCACUCUGUAGUUCAUCUCUAACACUUGCUCAAUAGUUGCGUUUCAAUCACAUAAUUUUUAAUGUGCAUUUUGGAGAUUUGCAUAAGUAAUGUGAGGUGAAAAUGCAAAAUAUAACAUUUAGAACUUUUAAUUCACAUAAAAGUUUAUUCAGUCGUCCAGGUUGAUUUUGAUUUAUGCUCAUAACAGUUAAAGAGCAUUUAUUGAGCUGGAAACGCAUUUAGUAAGAAGUCAUUUAGUUUUAUGUGUGUAAAUGACACCAAUUAAAAGUCUCGUCAAAAAUUGAGAUAAAUACAAGCAAGUCACUGAAUCUUACACAAACAAUAUAAUUUCUGUAAACUCUGUGCAGUCCUUGUGUGGAUAUUUUCCUUGUGGUGCUGUGUGUUUGAAUGGAGACUAAAACUUUAAACGUGGAUCAAAGUGUAUAACUGAAUUCAGUGUUAUUUUUGUAUUAUUCUGUGUAAGCGACAAUAGAUGAAGUAGGCUGUACGUGUCCUUUGGCCCAAUACUCGGAAAGUUCAUAUCGUUACAAACCCAUUGACUUUGAAUCAACCGCACUGUAAAAAACAUCAGCUGCCACGUGCGUCAUUAAUCUCUGCUGCUUGUCUGUAAAAACAAAAUAUUACCUUUGGGUCUUUGGAGAAGAAACGCCUCAAAUGGGAUAUUUUGAAAAAAGAAUUGUAACAUUGUGUCAUUAUUUGUACUGUUUGUUUACUAAAGCCUAAUGCUUUAAAAUAAAAUAUAACAAGAG